AUUGGUUGGCUAUAUGACGUUGGGCCAACGUAGCAAAUACGACCUAGUACCGCUACAUCCGGGUAAAAAAAAUUGCAUGCGUGCGCAUGCCCAUGUGCUCAUGCAAUUGCAACGUACGUCAGCCAUAUCCUGUCCAUUUGUCUGGAUCAGUUGCCGGGGAGUACCAACACUGCAUGAUCCAGCUACCCCUACCUCGAUCAUCCAGAACAGCAUCAACAGCACCAAGGACCCCUUCGACAUCGACCCCAUCAACCUCCAGAACACUGUCGACCCCAACGACCCCAUUGACCUCAACAUUCGGAAAUAUGGAUGUCGAAGUUGUACCACCACAAGCUAGACAAGAUUUUGAUUCCGACUAACCCGUUCUUUAAAGGUCCAUUGCCUUAGGAAAUUAAAACUUUUAUGUCUUGUAUCAAGACCCUUUUAAAGCAACAUAAUAACAAUUGUUUCAUAAAUAAAUGCCUCCUUAUAUUUUUUACAAUUUUUUGAAAACCUCUCCAAGUUGCUCGUCUAAUGGUGGACCCCGCCCCUUACAAUUCUCAGAGUUCCUCGGAAUGAUUGACCAAAGGAUUAGUGAUGUUAUAUCAAGAACGAUCUCCGCUUAGGCAAGCUACGGUGCUUGCUAGCCAGCUCUGCAGGCAUUAUGUUUUGUACACAAACAUAAACAAUAACUUUUGUUAUUAAAUAGUGUGCUAUGCAUCUUUACUUGUUAUUUAUUGUGGUGAAAUUUCACUAAUGGCCCAAUUUUAAAAAGAGAACUAUACCAUGAGUCGAAGAAGGUCGUAAUUGAUUUGAAUGCCUGUAUAACGUGUCAACUAAAUGCAUGCUAUAAAGAAUUUCAAAGGUAAGAAAAAAAUGUUUCAUAUAUCUAAGUGACUGAAUGUUUUUCGUACUACCUUCUUCUCAAUUUAAAGAAAUAUUGAAAGUGGUAUAUCAGAGUGAAGAAACUUGUGUUUUUCCCUUUACAAGCUCUGCUCUUUCUUACUUCACUUUCAAAUUUCCUCUCUUGUUAUAUAAACAUUUAGCGAUUGCUUUACUUCACACAUUCAAGCAAUGUAUACUAUCCCUCCUUAAAAAAAACAGUUUGUAGAUGUGUUAACAAUAGAUAUGGCGACGAAAUGUAUCAGCAUCUCUGAAAUGCCUAAGCAUAAAAAAUGUUGGCAAUUUCUCUGAAUUUUAUUUUUUAUUUUUUAUGGGACAUUGUUUACAUUAAUUGCCUAGUUCUUGGUAUGCAAAUGGUGGACACUUUAUUAAUUUCUUUAUAUUUUUGUGCUGUACAUAUGUAAAGGAAUCUUGUCAUAAGCAAUCGUGUUCGUCUGCCAGAAAGUUUGUUUUGUUUUACUCGGGAAGUUGUGAGGAUUGUUUAUUAUAUUCGUACAAUGAAUUUCAGUAUGUUAUGUUGUGUUACGUGUAAGCGACAAUUCAUUUUAUAACAGCUCCUAUCGUCCUAGCAUUCAUUGAUAGUAGGCCUAUAUUGUGACACAUUGAGAUACCUUGAACUUGAAACUAUGUUUACAUCUUUUUCGAAUUCAAACGAAAAUACAAAAGAAAGAUGUACAAUAAUUGUAUUCACAUUUACAACAGUUUGUUUAUUACACAUAAAAUAAAGUAUGUUUUAUCACAAAAUCAGUUUAUUUUCCUUGUUCUUUUGUUUUGGAGGUUGGGGGAUGUAUUCAGAGCAAAUUCUAAGAAGCAAGAUGGUGAACUUUUCAUUAAAAUGGGACAAAUAAGUUGUUAUCAAGUUUUGAUAGUGAUUAAAAUGUACAAGAUAAUAGACAUGACGAAAUUAAAAUAACAUGUCCCUCUUGCUUCAAUAUUGUUAUUAUACAUAUCUUCCAGAGGGAUCUAAGUCGAGUUCUAUAAUGAACUUUUCUCAAAUUCAGUCUAAUUUUGAUGAAAUUGUUACUAUCUUCAUUUUGU